CCCGGACCGACGUCAGUCUGUUGAAGAUAAUUUUUGACUACGGAACCUUUCGCUUCCCAUCACAGUAACCGUGUAGUGAGAUAUAAAAGAGCCAAGCCAAGUUUUACACAGCAACUUCGAGAUAAUGCGUACCGGAAUGCAGUUGGUUGCACUGUUCAGUGUGACAUUAGCGCUGCUGCUAGUAUUUACUGAGAUGGCAUCCGCUAACCCACUGUCAGCGCAUUCGGAGUUACGCCUGCAGUCCUAUGAAUUACCCGCGCCGAGUGUUGUGCAGUCCCGGAGUGCCAUGGUGCAGACGCUCACCUGCACUAAUCCCACCUGCUCUGCCCAGUGCCGUGGACGUGGCUAUCGUCGAGGAUCGUGCACGAUCGGUCGUUGCUUCUGUUCGUACGUGUAGUCAGCCGCAGUGGCGCAGAACCAACGCUGGUGAAGACGCACUACAAAACAGUUGAUGAGAUCUGUAACCUUAGAUUAGAUAAUAUGCAGAGAGACGCGCUGAUACCAGCGGCAGAGGCGCCAACCCUUUCCCGAAAUAAAAGAUAGGUUUUUUUUCGAGAGACAAUGACAUCAGACUUUUCGCAACUUGAUAGUAAAAUGAUAGCCCCGACAACACAGAAAA